AUGUCAGCAAAAGUCGGCAAAAGGUCAAAAAGUCAAACAAAACGUGUGUGUGCGCGUGUCUCGUCUCUCUCUCUCUCUCUCUCUCUCUCUCUCUCUCUCUCUCUCCCUCUCUCUCUCUCUCUCUAUCUUUUUCAUUCUCGUCUCUUUCUGUCUUCGCUGCGAAGCUGCAGGAGCAUGUCGCGAAAAAUUGCACAUCAGGCCCUGGCCUUGCUCCAGGGCCCGGCUGUGACGGCCGCAAGCGAAACGAAGGGUCGUGGUAAACGUCGUCCCAAGAACAAGCGACCCAAGCUCGAGGAAGACCGCAUGAUGGCCAAGCUUGGCGGCUUCCUCAUCCUCAGACCUCUGACGCGAAUAGAGCAACUAGCAACGCUGGAACGACCUGAUCAUACAGCCUCCAACAUGGCUGCCCUCCGCGGCAUCAAAACCGAGCGUACACACCUCCGCAAGCUCAUGGCCGAACGCGUGGCCAAAAAGCCCAAGAAGAAGAGCAAGCCCAAGACGGCGCAGGAGCAGCAGGCGCUGGAAGAUGCCGAGUAUGCCAAAUACAGCGUCUUUGGCUCGGCAUGA